AUGGAGACCAAGGAGCAGAAGGACCUGAUGCGAACAUACUUCGGUGAGGGAAUUUCUGCCUUGUCUUGGCUAUGGGAACGAGGAUCAUGGAUGGUGGGCCACUGUGCUGUUGGCAGCAGCUUGACGGGCAUAUGUGCAUUUUGUGAGUUCUGCCUCGCCUUGCGGCUUUGUCCACCAUCGUGGGCAGUCCCUCCACUGGACGACGCCAGCUUUGAGAGCCGCUUGCCCAGGGAAUUGCGUCCCCUGAGGCCCCACGAGCCCCUGGACGUGCCCAGGCUUUCCAGGCUGCUGUGCAAGGUUUGCAUGGCCCAAGCAUCCCACGCCCACGUGGCCCACGGCUCCAGAGCCGAUGCGCACUUCUGCCUAGAUGGUCUUGGCGGUUCUGGCAGGCGGAUCCUGUCCGUGCCUAGCUUGCUCGGCACCCUGGCCUGCCCAGAGGCAGCAGGUCGAGCACGGAAGGAAGUGCAUGGCUUCGCAGCAGAAGCGAUUCGGACGAGCCUUUUCUCGGACCGGCCGCUGCAAUUGCAUCAUUUGGCUUUGCUGGAGUGGGCUGGGGCCGAGUGGCAUCAACCAGACAACUGGGGCCGGAACUCCUUGCACAGCCUCUGUGCCGGAACAUACUUGCGGGCCUUUGCUGGAGGCGGUGAUGGAUCAGCACCCCUGCGAAGCUCUCUGCAAGGUGCCCGCGCCCGGUACCUGGCCGGCCGAGUGCCCAAUUGGGAGACGACUGAGGACCUGCACGGCCUUACGGCUCUGAACUAUCUCCUGCCACCACUGCAGCCAAGCUGUGCCUGCGCGGGCACUGCGCAGUGGGAAAUCUUUCAGUCUUUGGUGGGUAGCUUUGUGAACACCCUCGAGAACGCAGAGGUGGUCAGUCCAUUGGCUCGCGGAGUCAUGUCUCCGACGGCUUUGAACUGGGUGAGCUCGGCGUUGCACUCCGAGGGCGACUCUUUGCAGGCGGUUGCCGUUGCACUGGGCGAGAAUGCUGAGGGCGAGCCUGCAAGCUUCAGCUUUGCAAACAAAUGCCUGCAAACCAUGGUGCUGACUUCGUAUGGUUGCGCAUUCUCGGAAUGCCGCUUAAACCUGUUGCAGGCGCGGGCAGUUGCCCGCACGGCUCUGGUCCCGCUGGCGCAGCUGCGCCUUCUGCGAGCAACUGCCGCUUCGCGCUCGUGGUCUCGCCGAAGCUGUGAAGGUAUGUGCUGUGAAGCACGUCUUGCACACCAUGGCCAGCUCCUCGAGGACAGCCUGACAAAGUGGGCGGACCGGAAGUCCAGCUAUGAGAAGCGGCUCGUUCUUCUAGAGAUGGAGCUGGGACGAACGACAGCACUUCCGCCACCUGUGACAUCCUCGGGAACCAGUGCGAAGCCGAACAAGGCAGUGCCGCAUGCGUCGCUCCUGCUCCAGGAAGACCAGCAGACGAGCUCGCAGCUGUCGGGACGCGCGAGGGCCCAAGCCUUCCUGGAUUGCAUGCGGCAGCGGCGCCUGGCAGAGGCUUCCGACGCGUCCUUGGGAGUGCUGCAGGCCUCAGCACAAAAGACGCAGGCGGCCUUGGGUGCGGCCGUGGACCGGCUUGCGCAAGACCUGUACGAGCUGGAGGCGCACUUCGUGUUUGAGCUUGUUCAAAAUGCAGACGACAACAAGUAUUCAGAGGAUGUGCAACCUGAACUGUCAAUGUUGCUGGAGACAGAUGACUCUGGCUCGUAUUUCAUGACCAGAAAUAACGAGCGUGGCCUGCGGGAGAGCGAUGUGCUUGCCAUGUGCGACAUAAAUGCGAGCUCCAAGACGUCUGCGUGCAUUGGCAAAAAAGGCAUCGGCUGGAAGAGCACUUUUGCAGUUUCACAGUGUCCACAUGUACUCUCUGGCGACUUCACGUUCAAGUUUGAUGUUGGCGGACCUCUUGGCAAGCUGGCCUACGUGACACCAACUUGGCUAACGGACGCAGAGCUGGAGACACUGCCAAAGGCAGUCCGAGACGCACACCAGAGUGGGGGGACGGUGGUUUAUUUGCCACUUCGCACAGGCUGUGGUAGCAUUGUAGAGGCAUUCGAUCGCCUGUGCCAGCAUCACGUCACCCUUCUGUUCUUGAAGCAGCUGCGACGGAUUCAGUUGGGGUAUCCCAGUGGGAAGAGUGUUUGCCUUGAGCGACUUGGCGACGUAGAGCUCGAACAGUCUGUGCAAGUAUCACGAUUAUCACGGUCUUCUUCCGAAGAGGCAGAGGGAGAAGAGGGAGAAGAGGGAGAAGAGGGAGAGGCGGAGUCGGUCGAGGUGUUUCGCUACAUGGUUCACCCCUUCGAGGUGGAAGCGGAUCCAACCAGUGCUCUUGUGUUGAGGCUGGCUUUUCCAAGCACUGUCGACGAGAGCUUGCCGCACAUGUCCGUGCACGUGGGCCUUCCGGUUCGCUGUGUGGGCUUCCACUUUGCCAUCGAUGCCCCAUUCGAUUUGGUAGCCAGCAGGGGAGAUCUGCACGAAGGUUCCCCUGUGAAUCAGAUCCUUUGCCAAGCCAUCCCACGCGCCUUCGCGGAUUUUCUGGCCGGCCCUGGGAAUGGUCUGAGUGGCCAUGCCAUGAGGUUUGUGGGCAGCGAAGCUGCUCCCCGGCAUGUUUGGCAACAUGUUCGCAGCAAGCUACUGGAAUCCUUGGUGCAGGUUGCCUGCAUCCGGACAGAACAGGGUGCAGUUGCAAAGCCGACGGAUUGUUUAGAGCGGCCCCACCACCCACUUCGCAUGGCAGCAUCGCAGUUGAUCCCGGCAAAGCUCCUGCAGCUCAGUUGUGGCAGAAGCUUUGCCUCAUCAGGCGCUGUGGCGACGGUUGGCACUGGAGUUCUUGAAGUUUUUUCUCUGAAGCAUUGGGUGAAGGUGCUGAAAUACCGUGGAUCCUCAUGGCCAAAGGGCCUUGUCGCUGUGCAGUUGGAGGACUUGGAGGACCCUUGUGAUUUUUUUGUUCCUUUCGGCACAUGGCUCGACAUGGAGCUGAGAGAGGCUGAGCAGCCGAGCUCUUUCCUGGCCCAAAUCUGGGAACUUGACCUGCUGCCGGCAUUCCGUUCUUGCACGCCAACUUUGCGCAUUUGCGACGGCCCUAUCUUUUCUCGGCCGUGCGUGAAGAUCCGGGCAGAUUGGCAGGGCUUUCUGUCUGAGGCCGGCUUGCUGAAGUUUGUUGAGCCGCGCGUGCGCCUCGCCCUGCAAAAUGCAACGCCACACCUGAUGGAGUCGCUUACAAUGGGCAUGCCCAGCCGACCAGAGUUAGCAGCCCUCUGCAUAUCCUGGCACUUGACCGCCUUCAAUGGGCUUGGGGUGACGACGGAGCCUAUGGCUGUGAAGGCCGUCUUGGCUAGCCUCGCAUGCUUGAAGGAAACAUUCUUAACUGAUGAGCUUCCAGAGGGAAGUAGACUCGCCAUCGACUUGCCAUUGCCUUUACCGAAGCAAGACCCGGAAGCGAGACAGGCUUGGUGGAGAGAGCUGGGUAAGUGGCUAUGGUUGCCAUCUUGGCACACGGUCAGCAAUGCCAGCACCCCUUCUUUGCGUCUGCUGCGCCCCAAGAAGUUGAGGAGUAGCUCGUACUUGGGACUUUUUGGGGCCAACUGGAAGUCGGCAGAGCCUGAGGUAGUUCAAGACAUCUUUGCCCAAAGGAUGUGGGGUGAAGACAUCUUGGGAUGGGAGGCCUUCCUCGAUGCCAUUGGCGUGCGGGAGUUUAGGCCCGCGGAAUCAGGGCACGGUGGUCACGGCGAGCUUGCAAGGAGGCUUGGCGCUAGCCUCGGUAGCCAGGACUGGUGGACCGGUGUCCUGAAGCGCGGGCUGCGUGUACAGGCCUAUGUCUCUCGCCGCUGCCAGAGAGUCGACAACUCCGAUGCGCGGUGGCUUCGCACUUUGCCCGUGACCGUCGAAGUGGAUGCCCCCAAGGCAGGUCACGGCGCCUUGGUUCGCCGCAAGGCCUGGAGCAACCAUGGCAGCAAAGACCGCAAGGUGCUUCUCACAAUCCGACUGCAGGAUCUCUUCUUGCAUGUCUAUGGCAGGAUUGGCGGACAGUACCUGCAAUACGUGCGGCUUCCUGGAUCUCCGGGGGCUGCAGGCUUGCUCCGCAGUUUGCGCCUUCUGAAGGACGAAGGUCGAUGUCACAACAUCGAGGCACUGGCUGACUCUUUGUGGGGGGGUCCAAGCUUUGAAAUCUCACUCUGGGCUCUGAGUGCUCGCCGACUCACCGCUUCGCAGGUCUAUGCGGACAUCUACAAAGAAGUCACCUCUGAGUUUGGUGCGGGGCAGCUCCUUUCGCUGGAUCUCAGGGAAGCUUUCUCGGAACUGGUGUUUGUGCCGUUUGGGAAAUUUCGACACCUUGAAGCUUGCACCUGGGAAGAGGAUGCCGACAUCCAGUGGUUGACGGAGGUCCCAGCCCUUGAGGCACACUAUUUGAGGUAUGGGCCGAGCGUGCAGCGAUACUUUCUCGAAGUGUUGGGGAUGCCAAAAAAUCAUCCUGGCUUCUCCCCUGGACCGCUGUUGACGGCUUUGCGAAAUCUGGUCAAACAUGUGGAGGACGCUCUUUCCAGUCCAACUCCUUCCGAGAACCUCCGGGAAACACCCACCACUGCCCGUGGCUUGCUGGAGUCACUGGAGGAUUUGGCAAGCAAAGUCUACGCCAGUCUCGCAAAGGCGUGCAGAAAGAGUUCAGUGACGUGGCAUGCUGACGUGCGACGUGCCUUCGCGCAAGAGCGCUUGCUGGUUCUUCCGCCGCUCGAGCUUCCCGACAUGGCAAGCGCACAGCCUCCUCUUCAAAGGGGGGAGAAUGCACUGAAUGCGCGUGGGCGAGGCAAUGGCCGAGAAAGGCAACAGGCAAGGACGGCAAGGGGCUCAUCGUCAUCGCUCCCACUGCCUGAUGCGUCCAGACGGUCCCGGCCGAAGCGCUUGUUCACCAAAGAGUCUUGGUGGGAAGUGGAGGACGAGCUGAAGGAGACAAAGGCAACCAACCUGAACUUGCGAUCUCUCUAUGGUGAUAUUCAGGAUGCAGAGUUCCUUUUCCUGCGGGUCAUUGGUGUGCGGAGGUCCGCCUCGCGCAGCGACGUGGUGCAGCGCCUGCGAGAGAGCAUGAGCGAGCAGACACACCUUGUGAGCAACUGGACAGAAGGAAUUGACAUCUCAGACUUAGAGGAGCUGGAAAACAUCCAGACCAGUAGCUAUUUCCGCCCUGCAGACUGGCGUGCGCCAGGAGAAGAGGACGAUGCAGAUGAUCACCGCGGAGCAACCUCGGCAGUGCCUUGGCACCUUGUGACCUUGUUUCUGUACGUUUCUGUGCAGCCUCUUGCCGCCCGCGAUGCCGAGGACCGUGCCAAUGCCGCGCUCCGCGCUGACGCAGCGCGCCGACAAGCAGAAGCAGCGGCGAAAGCCAGGGCCGCGGCAACCCAAUCUCGAGGCCAAUCAGAGCACGAGCAGCCAAGGCGCUUCAGCUGGCAACGAAGUCGAGAAGCGCACAGCGAACAGCACACGACACCGGCCCGGUCCGGCCCGGGUGAGCCAGGUGAGCCGGGUGAGCCGGGUGAGCCGUUUGCCGCGCAAGCUCCCAGUGCUCCGAGCAUUGAUUCGACGACAUCACCUGAGUCCGGGGCCGAGUGGUUCCUCGACUUUGCUUUGACAUGCACUGUUUGCACGCAUCAAGUAAAUACUCACGCAAAUUCAAGCAAGGCCGAAAGCAAAGCCCAUGACCUGGUCAAGAAUGCGGGCGAAGCAGGCUGA